GUCAAAAUAAUCUGAUCUGACCGUCCAGGAAGAUACAGCCAAACCCCUUAACCACGAUUUUCUCUUCAUUCAUCCAAAAAAAACUUCCCAAAUCACAGAGAUAUCUUCAUCGAUUAACCUUCCGAUUCGCAUACUGUGGCAAGAGAAACUAAUCAAAAUUUGAACAACAAUACAUCAAAAUGUCCUCCCUUGCAGCUGCUAGAGCAGACAACUUUUAUUAUCCUCCAGAAUGGGAUCCAAGUCAGGGUUCUCUGAACACGUUUCAUGGUCAACAUGCCUUAAGAGAGAGAGCAAGGAAGAUAGAUCAGGGUAUCUUGAUUAUAAGGUUUGAGAUGCCUUAUAAUAUAUGGUGUGGAGGAUGCAAUUCUAUGAUUGCAAAGGGUGUCCGGUUCAAUGCGGAGAAGAAGCAAGUUGGGAAUUACUAUUCUACAAAGAUAUGGAGCUUUACCAUGAAAGCUGCAUGCUGUAGACAAGAAAUCACCAUCCAGACUGAUCCAAAGAACUGCGAGUAUGUGAUCAUCAGUGGGGCUCAGAAAAAAACUGAGGACUUUGAUGUUGAGGAUGCAGAAACUUUUGAAUUACCUGCUGAUGAAGAGAAAGGGAAGCUUGCAGAUCCAUUUUAUCGUCUCGAACACCAGGAAGAGGACUUGAAAAAAAAGAAAGAAGCUGAACCAGUGCUUGUGCGUCUCCAGAGAAUGUCUGAUGCCAGACAUUCAGAUGAUUAUGCCAUAAAUAAGAGUCUCCGGGCCAAACUUAGAAGUCAAAAGAAAAGAGUUGCUGAAGAAGAAGCUGCUUCUAGGAAAAGGGGCCUUGGAAUUAGACUACUUCCAGCUUCAGAACAAGAUGCUGCCGCAGCCGCAAAAGUGAAGUUUUCUAGUAAAUUUGAAAAAAAUAGGAAGGACAAGCGGGCAUUGAUCAACUCUGCUUCCAUAUUCCCAGGAUUGUCUGCCUCAUCCAUGUCUGGUAAGAGAAGACUGGAGCUAGAGUCUAAAAGAAGAAAAAUUUCUGCCAGCGCGGCAUCUAGCCUUUUGGCCGGGGGAUAUAAACCGUCAUCAUGGCAAAAGGGAGCUUCAAUGAAUUCAAGAAACUAGAAAGCUUAAAAGUAAAAAUGCCACAGUUGAUUUUGGCUUAUUGGCUCAGAGUUGUACAUAAAAGUUGCUGAAUAAAUGUUAUUUGUUUAUGUAGUUGUUUGAUUUGGGAGCCUAAGAUAGAUGGAAGUAUAUAUGAUAAUUUUGUAUUCUAUAGUGUGAGCCAUAUAUAAUGUGUAAUGGAAGUGGUUAGUUACCACUUCAACUAAGUUGAAUUAUUUUGUUGGUUAGACACCAGAUAAGUCCCCUUA